AUGGCCCCACGGCUGCUGCCGCCAACGCCUCGGCGGCUUGGCCUUGCAGCCAAGGAGUGGGAGGCUCUGACCCAGGAGGAAAGAUUGACAGUGACGCAGACUCUGCGUCAGCAGGGGGCAGAGGAAGCACUGGAGAAGGUCCAGACCCUGCUCUCAAGGCGGCACGUCGGUAGCAACAAGAAGGCUGCAAGCAGCCAGCAAACCAAGCAACAUCCGAGAAGCCAGUCCGUCAAUGGGGCCAAAGAACCGGCCAAACGAAAGAAAGCCGUCCUGAGGCCUAGAGAGUUCGUCGAGGCAGCAGAAAAGGAGAAGACCCACAAGCCUCAUGCGAAGCUGACUCGCAUCGAGAUCGAGGAUGAGGAGGAAGAGGCAGAGACGGUGACACGCAUGGAGAAGGAAGCUUCCGAAGCCGAAGAUGAAGAGGCUUCGGAUGAGGAAGACGAGGAAAGCGGCGAAGUCCAAAGACAAAGACGAGGCACGAAGCGUGGGCUGUCGGUGAACAAUGAGAUUGAAGUGGAAGAGUCGGACCAAGAAGAGGCGGAGGAAGAGGAGGAGGACGAAGACGAAGAGGAGAGGCCGAGAGAAGUCAACAACAGCCGAGGCGCGGCUGAUAACCAUGCUCCGGCCGCGGCAGCAAGACUCUCGGCAGGUGCUUUGCGGGAGCUGGCAGUGCAAAAGAUCCAGUCGCUGAAGGCGAUGGAGCCACAGGCCUCCUCUUCGAGCUCCUCCUUCAGUCAUGCAGCGCCUAAGGCGCAGCUGCCAGCGGAGGACUCCUCUUCUUCCUCCUCAGGGGAAGGCACUGCGCAAGCGGCCAUGGAGGCUGGGAACAGCGCUGCCCCGCCGACCCAGGCGAGCAUGGAGAGCUCUGAGUCGUCUUCUUCCUCCUUGCCUGACACCACGGCUAAAGGGGCAGACAAAAGGGCAACAGAGACGCCGCCCCCGAAAGAGGCCAAGAAAGCCAGCCGGAGCCGGAGCCGGCGGAGCCGGAGCAAACGAAGUAGCGGAUCCAGGCACAGCCGCCGACGGCGAAGAGGCUCGCACUCAAGGCGACGGCGCCGGCGCCGUCGAUCAGGCGAAAGAGGUCCCUCGCGGUCUCCCGGACACGGUUGGACCAAGGCGCCGGGGGCGAGCCUGUCCCACAUGGUGCGGCCCGGUUUGAGGCCCUGGCCUCCGCCGCCACGGACGGCUUUGCCAGUCCCGGCGCCUGGCUACCGUCCACCACCGGCAUGGGCCGUUCCCGGAAUGUCGCCGCCAGUCUCCUGGCCUUCUGCUCCCGUGCCCAUGGCGGCGCCUCCCAUGGUCUGGGGUGCACCACCCGUCGCUCCAGUGGUGAUGCCACCACCGAGGGCAAGGCCGUGA